CUUAUCAUAAACUAGGGAAGCAAAAAUUUUCCAUCCAGGCCCACAAAAAAACACUUUUUACUCUUUGCUGGCCAAAGAGAAAGCAUUUCGAGCUAUAUCUAUCUUCAAUUUCCCAAUUCCAACAUUCUUCUUGGACAACAAUACCAAACAUUGAUGUUUUCUGUGUCUACUUAUAGUUUUUAAUCUUUGCUUGUAGACUUUCUCGCUCCCAGGUCUACCACUCAACCUUCUCUCCAUAUAUACUCCGAAGGAUCCUUAUUUAAAUACUCAUCAUGUGUUUGACUCCUGGUCACUCUCUUCUGGCCGUUGUUCUAGGGCUAUUUUGUUUCGUGCAUGCUGUCCCUCUUUCUGUUCUCAAUAGCGACCUGGUUCCACGCAUGGACGUGGGGCAUGAUAAUGCCCCCGAUCCCAUACAAUUUAACUUCAGAGUUAUUUUUACUACAGACCCACAUGCUGUGCUCAAAGGGGGAAGCUUUGAUUCUGCGCCUUCCACAGAGACAAAUAGUCCAGUUGAUACAAGGGCGAGGGAUUUGAUAAAAGAUGUCUUAAAGAUUGAACACGGGGUUGCAAAAGUAGAAUUCAUGCAUCCCUACCCAUAUCCCUCGCUGGCUGCUCAUACUACUUAUCUCGCGCGCAUGAAUUGGGUGAUUUACGGACAAGUACACCAACAAUAUUACUAUAGGGGGAUUGUGAAUUCGGAGACAGGUCAUGGGUUGAAAGUGGGAAUUGAAGGUUGCUGAAGUUGUCCUGUAAAUCUUUAUAUCUAUGAUUUUUAAUAUUAUCUUUUUGUGGCGUGAAAGUAUGUAAAUGCAUGUACACGCAGGUACAAGCCCUGGGUGCGGCGGGC